UUAAACUUUGUAAGGAAAUUGAUAUAAAACAUCGUUUUUUUACAACAUCUUUACAUAUUGGAAUUAAUGGCGCAUUAGUAAAACAAACCAUUAGACAUUCACGCAAUUAUGAAAUAUUUUAUAUUUCUCUCCAUUGCAUUUACUUUGUAUCAAGUAACACUUUGUACAAAUGAAGGCCUGAGAACGGUCGAUCGACCUUUAAGAAUUGGAUCUUUCAAUAUCCAAAAUCUAGGACCCAGUAAAAUGUCAAAUGAAGAAAUUAUGAUAAUUGUAAAGAAUAUUCUUAUUCGUUACGAUGUUAUCCUUGUACAAGAAAUUGUAACGCGUGACGAAAGUCUUGUUUACGGUCUUCUUCAUUCAAUUAACAGUGUAGCGCCCGAAGGAGUAAUGUACGACAUGGCCUUGAGUGAACGUCUAGGAAGGAAGACAGCUAAAGAACAAUACGCUUUCUUCUAUCGAAAACAAAAAGUUUCUGUGUUAGGUGCAAGCGUAUAUUCCGAUAAGGAUGAUAACUUUAUGAGACCUCCUUAUAUAGUGCAUUUCCUCUCUCCAACAACUAAGAAUUUACCAUCAUUUAUUGCCAUUGGUAUUCACACACAACCAAGUAAUGCAGCUAACGAAACGGAUUUCUUGGCAGAUGUUUAUGAUUAUGCCAAAAAUAAAUACAAGACCGAGAAUGCAAUUAUUAUGGGAGAUAUGAAUGCCGGAUGUGGUAAUGUUCGUACUAGCGAUUGGAGAAAUAUUCGUUUAUGGACUAGAAGCGAUUUUACAUGGUUAAUUGGACAUCAUGUGGAUACAACCACGAACGUUAAUAGUUGUCCUUACGAUAGAAUUGUCAUUGCCGGAGAAGAAAUGAAUCAAGCAGCAAUACGCCAUUCUGCUAACAUUUUCAAUUUUCAGAACGAAUAUGAAUUAACAAUCGAACAAACUAGAAAUGUUUCUGAUCAUUGGCCAAUUGAAGUUCAAUUAAGAGGAAGGAUUUCUGACGAUGCUGAAAUUAAUUUGAAACCAUCGAUGUGUUUCAUGAUUACUGACAAUAGAAAAAUUUCAGAUCCAAUGAUUAUUCAUAGAGCAAGAAAGAAAUUUGAUUUUAGAACGAAUGCUUCUAAAGAUCAAAAUGGCAAU